AUGACCGAUGACAAGCUUGUCCAAGAAGCACUUCAAGCUCGCAACUGGCUUUUCGGUAUCUUGGACUGUCACGACCAACUAUUUGGUCGAGAGCGCGAGAUGAGAAUGUUUAGAGUUGCAGUCGAGAAAGAAUUAGCUGGCGGAGAGGGCGAGUGGUCGGGGAAGGACAUGGAGAAGCUGUAUAUGGCGCUUACGCAUUGCAAACUCACAUCGCCAGAGGAUCGGCUGAAGGCAGCCUUCGCGCUGGUUCUACACCUCAACUUUGCGGAGCAUCUAAAGGAUGUCAGUGAGCUUGCAGCAAUUCGCACCGCACGUACCCACCGCGCAGCACCCAUGGAUGCCGAAAUAGAAGAAACCAGGGAACUAAUUUUCGAGAAAGCCCGGUUGAUUAAAGUCGACCAGUUUGCUUGCGCGAUACCGCUCUCCGUCCUCACAACAGUUAGUACUCCCUCCACCAUCGACGACAACGCCGGCUGUUGCCCCAUAUGUCAAUCCUCCUACAACGACCUAUCCGCCUUUCCAAUCUCCGAGCUUCUCGCCGACUACCCCGUCCGCAUCAAACACUGUGGCCACAUCAUCGGCAAAGCGUGCCUCGCGCAGUGGAUGGUCACGCCGAAGAUUGAUGAGGCGAAGUACCCGCAUCGGACGUGCCCAAUGUGUAGGGUUGAGAUUGAGGGUGUGGAUGCAUUUGAGAAACCAGACUCUCUUUUACAAUGGUUACGGAAAGACAGGAGAGCCAUAGAGACGGUCAAGGACCUGGUAUAUGGAUAUGGCUUGGAGUUUGAGGAAUGUUGCGAUGUGGUGGUACAGACGAUGAGUGAAGACAUUGCUUGCGAGGAGUUGAUGGCUGAGGUGAGGAAGAUGAGAUCAAAGAGAGAAGAUGACGGAGCUUUUGAGAAGGAAGAAGCCUUUCUCAAGGAGACUAUGGAUGACUUGAAGAAGGAGAAGUGGGCUUGGGGUUUCAGAGGUGAUGGGGUUUGGAGGAAGCUCAGACAGGAGUGGAUGAAUACCAGUGCUAUCAUAAACAUCGUCGACUACGGUGUCAGCACGAUUCUGGGAUCACGAGCAGAUCAGGAGGAUCGCUAUUGUGCGCUCAACAUAGGACAACUGAAGUCGCGGAAAGAAGUCGGACUCUUCGCAGUCUAUGACGGCCACGGCGGCACAGAGACGGUGGACUAUGUCUCUGAGCACUUGGUGACACAUAUCGAGCAACAGUUCGCAGCGACGUCUAGAACCCUGGAGCCAGAGGAGUACAAGCAAGCGAUUCAGCGGGCCAUCAAAGCUGUGGACAAGGACCUGGAUCGCGCGGACCUGAGGGGCGGGUCGACGGUAGCUCUAGCACUCAUCGACACCAAACAGGGUGUCCUUAUUGAAGUAGAUCUGGGAGACUCACACGUCGUCUUCUCCGAGCACCAGUUCGACUCCGUCAUCGUUGGCGGAAGUAGUGAUGACGGCAACGCAAUCAGUGAGGAAGGCUGGAAAGUCGAAGUACUAAGCGAAGAGCACGCGCCGGAUAACCCAGAGGAAAGAAAGAGAAUCGAACAAGCAGGCGGCGAAAUCAACUACAUCACAGGCAUACCGCGAAUUGGCGGUGUAAGCAUGGCGCGCGCACUGGGCGACGUCCAGUAUAAGAAGCCCCGCGUCAAUCGGCUCGCAGGCCACGACCUGUCGGAUCUGGCGGGAGUGCACACGGGCGUUGCACCAGGCAAGACAGUCAAGGAGAACCUCGUAUCAAACAAAGCACACUCCAGUAUCCGACAUUUGCAGGGCCAGUCGUUAAUCCUUCUCGCAUCCGAUGGCGUGGGCGACGCCAAGGACGCAGAGGAAGUCACGCGCUUGGCGGUCGAUCGGUGGAACCAAGGCAAAGCAGCAAAAGACAUUGCCGAAGAACUGACGAGCAGAGAGGCGUUGAGGGGAGGUGCGGACAACUGCACCGUGGUCGUUGUAGUGGUCGACACAGAGCACAAGGGAAGGAGAAGUAUAGAUAGUCCACGGAUGAGCCUCGACGUGCCGUUGGAUGUUACCGGCUCGAGGAGAAGACGGCGCUCUUCUAUGGCCAGUUUGAAGGAUUGGAUACGCGGGUAG